CGGCGCAGGAGCUCAGUCGUCCUCGUUCGUCCACGACAGGAGCAUCUGCCGCAGCAAUGGCCGCCGGUACGCUGUUCCUCCUAGCGACGUUGGUGACUGCUGUGUUGGCGGCACCCCAACGUGACAAUCCGAAAGACGCUACUAUUCUGGAGCAGGAGAACGACUUCAAUGGCGUCGACAACUGGCGCUGGAGUUACAAGUCGAGUGACGGCAGCCAGCGACAGGAGGUUGGUGGAAUAGUGGACGGAUUCCUGAAGACGGUCGGGAGCUACCUAUGGAAGUCGCCCAGCGGCCAGAAGUACUCCGUCAACUACGUCGCCGACAAGGACGGCUACCAGUCCAAGCUGGAGGCCGUCGACGAGACGGUGGACCCGCCCAAGCUGGAGAAGCAAGUCCUCCUCAGCCCCAACGCCAAACUGUCGCUCAUCGGCCGCUAAAGGACCCCCGCAGUUCUUGCCAACAUACAACGUACCACAAGCCGAAACCUCGUCUUCUGCCCUUCUGAGAUAGUGUGUGUAAACAACUGCAGAUGUUAUGAGACUGACACAAAUCCUGGAAGGAGAUGUGAUCAGGCGAAGGUACAGACGAGAUAAAUUCGUAGGCUCUACUCACCGUUUGAAUGGACAACCUUGUGAUCAUGUCACGAGAACUGACAGAUUAUCAUUUUCUAAGGUUUCAAAAUGAAUUCAUUUGGAAACGAUGUCAAAUAUUAUCCUCACUUCCGAUUUAUCCUCAAAUAUUUGCUAAUGUGUGUCCAAAAAAAUUGUUGUCUUUCGGGCAGCUAUAUGAUGUAGUUCCUCAAGCUCUAAUAUCAUACGUCAAAGAAAGCUUCAUGAAUAAUGUCUCAGUGAGACAUUUAAACCUUAGAAUCUUCUUGAAAUGUCAUCGUCUCUGACAGUGUGGCAAACAGAAAGACGAUAUCGUUUGCAUGAAUUUUUCUGAAAGUUAAAAGUUCGUGACAAGCCACUUCGUCUGUCUGUAAAAGAGUCCACGUUUAUGUCUGGCAUUUAAUUCAUAAAUUGGCCUCUUGAUUGCAUAUAACAGUACAAAUAAUUAGCAAUGAUCGGUUCCUGUUUACUGCCAUCAUCAGAUCUGUUACGAAAAUUAAGAAAAAAUACUAAAGUGACUCUAAUAAGCUCAAAUCGAUUGAAACCUAAUUAACAGAAAAUAUAAGUGCCUGUAAAAAAGACAUGUGUAAGAAGAGGUAGAAUACAUAGAAAAAGGAUAACGUGCCACUGAAAGUAAUCAGAUACGAGCAUCAAUAUUAAGUGCUAGUGAUGGCCUGAGAGCGUUCUAUAUUUAUAUAUACACAGCUCUAACCAGCAGAGGAAGCUAAUUCUGAGGCACAUAAGCAAUCACUAUCAUAUAUUUAAUACUUUAAAAUAUUCACAAUCAUUAAUUAAAACUAAUUCACCGGAAUACUUUUAGUGGAAAGUUAUCCUUUCUUACGUAUUCUAAGUUUCAUAUUUUUGAUGGGUUCUUAGGCCCCGUAUAUAAUGAACUGUAUUAUUGCCACAUUAGUGUUUUUUGGAUUUUUAGAAGAGACCUGGUGGUGGCAAUGAACGGAAGCUGUCCAUUGUGAUUAAGCUAUUGUGAAUAAUGGGUUAUAAGCGAUCAAGGUAUUUACAAAUAAAGUAUACCUGAGUAGGUGCCAUGUCUCAGAACUUCUGAGAAAAAAACAUAAGUUUCCUAAACUUUCUGUUCCUAUGCCGUAGAAAGUUACGAUUGGGAAUCGUACAACGUUUUCUGUCGAUCUCAUCUCUUUCGAUUACAAAGAUUCUGUCCAUGACAACAAUCACCACUUAGAAUUGUGAAAGACUAAAAUUACGAUAUUAACAAGUGCUCAUUGAUGGAAUGUAAUAUAAAUAAAGUUUUGUUCAUUAUCAUA